AUGAGUGAAGUAGAAAAUGAAUAUGAAGAUUUCACAACACACAAAACAAAUCAAGAGCAGGGGAUUGAUUUUCCAAAAACUCUUUACUUUGAACCUAAGGUUGUUGCUGAUGUCGUUGAUGUUCUAAGCAAGACAAAACAUAUUUCUCCAAAGGAAUCUGAUGACUCCCUUGCUUAUCAUUUACUACAGUCGUUACACUUGAACGACUUUCAAAGCAGAUUAAAAUCUCUAGAGAGUCAAGUAAUUUUGGUUGAUCCCAGUAAUCUUUGCGAAAAGAAAAAUGCUGGUCAUGGACGCGUGUGCAUCCACAAAGUAGAAGUAAAACACUUAAAUGGACAACUUACUGUGCAGGAGGUCAAACAACUUGUGACUAGCAUACUGAUGCUAAACUUUCAAGGAAUAGUUAACGAAGCUGCAGAUGCAGUAUUUUCAAUGGAAGAAAUUCAAACGAUUUGCCUUAAUAUUGACGUAAUUAGUGACGGACAACAUAUCGGAACAAUUUGUUAUGGGAGUUAUCCUUGUCGUUCUCCAAUCAUGAUGCGACAAAUAAAGGAAAUACUUAUUUCGAAAACACUUGAAAAAGUGGGACAAAAUUUUGCAGAUUUUUUUUUGCGGGAUAUUUUUAAACAAACUCAAAAAAUAGUUAAAGAAUUGAAUCAGGAUGAAGUAAAUGUUAAAAUAUUAAAAGAUUUUACAAUCAAUGCGGUUGAUAGACUAGUAAAGAGUGUCACUGUAGCAGAUAAAAUUCGAUAUUGGGGUCCAACACUUGGAAUAAGAAAGGUGGCUGCUGCAGUUAGACCGUCAUUGGUUACACUUGUUCGGCCAAUUGAUGUCAACUCCUUUGAAUGGAGAAAUACAAUUGCAAAAGAAAUAUAUGAAAAUAUAUUGGCAAAAAAAACAGUGAUUAUUGGUGAUGUACUACACAAAAUAAGAUCUGUUUAUGAUCACACUGAAAAAGAACUAAUGGAGGUCUAUGCAAAACUGGAAGACGCUAGUAAGGGGAUUCCACUUGUAGACCAAAGAAAGCUCAUUGGUGAAUGGCUACUGAGGGACUUCAAAAUAGAAAACAUAGAACUUUGUCCAUCAAUUCUUCAUUACAUAACAGGAAGAAAAAAUGACAAUCCAGUUAUGAAAGUGUUUGUGUUAGGAAAUGUAAACACAGCAAAAACAUUUUGCAAACUGAAUGUGAAAAAUGAGCCAGAAAAUGCAAAUUAUGAAUUCGUUGAUGUAAGUCUAAACACUGACGCCAAAAAUGAAUCUCUGACCAAAAGACACUCUAUAUCAAUGGAUAAGGAAAAACAUAUAAACAUUAUCAUUCAAGAGGAAAGAGAAAGCAUUUUUGCAAAACAUUCCAAUGUAAUUGCUAUUGGUAUGAGUCCAAUAAAAUAUUCAGGUGAUCAAAUUGUUCAAGAACCUUGCAUUGCUAUAUACUGCCUAGAUACAAAUUUGAUACCGUUCGGGGAAGAAGAAAUCCCAAAAUUUCUUAGAGAUAUACCAUGUGAUAUUCUUGAGGAUUUUAUUUUAUUUGGGAGUUGUGAAAAUUGCCAAACAUUAGAUCAUGGAUGUAGUAUUGGGAAAAAAGGAGAAAAAUCAUCCGGAACAUUAGGAUUCUUUGUGAAAAGAAAAAACAACUCUUUGGACUCAAGCAAAGGUUUUCUAACGGCAUCACAUGUUGCUUUAAAUGGAAAUAUCAUUAACACGUUACUUGAAAAGCGACUCUCUGAUUCUGACUUUCGGAAUGAAGUAUUUGAAAUUGUUCAUCCGUCCUUUGAGGAUAGUAAUGCUAGCAAAGUUAUCGGAAAUGUUAAAGACUCAUUUUUUGGCAAUUACAAUUCUGUUGGCGUAGAUGCAGCUUUUGUUAAAACGGAUGAAUUUCAGCUCGAACUUUCAGAUGAGACUAGUAAUCAACCAUUCUCAUUCAGCAAUAAUUCUACGGAAAAUGAGCUGGUUGUUAAAAUGGGGAGAACAACGGGUAAAACGAAAGGCAUAUGGUUAAAAUCGUGUCCUUAUUCUGUUAAACAACCUUUACAGAGUCCUCACGGAGUUUAUUUUUCAUUAAACAAUUGUCUUUGUAUCGAAAAUAUGGGCACGGAAUCUUUUUUUGAACCUGGAGAUUCUGGUGCUGCAGUUUAUGUUAUCAGUAAAGGAAACAUUCAGCAACCAUUAGGCCUUGCUAUUGGCAAAACUACGAGUAAACAUUCACCCCCAGUAACAUUAGCAUGUCAUAUUGAAAGUAUUUUAAAUGUUUUGGAAUUGUCUAUUUUCGAGCCAGCUCAACCGAUGGAAAUAUCAUAAGA